AUGCUGGAGGGACUAUAUCGCGUUCGAGAAACGUUCUACGGCAGCGCCGUGACGUUGCAGGUGGCCCCCAACCAAGCCGACGUGGACGCGUACACGUCUGCGGUGACCUCAACAGGAAAGCCCAUCGAAUGGGAAUCCAGUUCUAUCCACUAUGCGCCAACUGUCUCGGCCGACAAGCUCAAAGACAUUACGCCAAAUCUUGCGCAUAGCGACUUGUACGUGUGCGGCCCUGCUGACUUCAUCGCAACCACAGAAGAAGCGCUCGUGGCCGCAGGGGGAUCCAAGGAUCAGAUUCAUGUGUAUUCGUUCGACAAUGCGCAGCUGGGGGCGCGGAAAAUAGAAUGA